GGCGUGUUUACACCUGCAGACUCCGACACAGCCGACAGUCCUGUCCGUUUGUGUGUGUCAGUGACAGGGACGUCUGUUGUCCCGGCUAAAGACAAAGGGCAGCGUGUCUGUGGGGCUAUUGUUUCUCGGACACUGAGCUGGGAGUUGGAGGAAAACAUCAGCUCAACCACAGGCUCUCAGGAGCUCUUUCUGUCCACCAUGGAUGAGACAGAUGUUGAACAAGUGACCCUGGCUCUUCUAGAUGCAGCCACUGAUAAAGACCCAGAGGUCCAGAGGCAGGUCAGAAAGUCUAUGUUAACCCUGGGAAAGCUACAGCCAGACCGAGUGUUAGCCAUGUGUCAGGACUACCUCCUGAAACACCCAAAGUUGGUCGUGAGUCACAGAGUUGUGAUUCUUCAGACUAUUGAGCUGAUUGCUGGCUGCAGGAUAGAGGAGAUCAGUUCCCCCAGAAUAAAAAGCAUAAUCUCUCUAGCAUCAGAUGAGAUGACACGAUCAAAAGAGGUCAUCCCUGACUGGCAGCAGGCAGCCAGUAAUAUCUUGGUUGCUGUCGGUAACAAACAUAUCAACGACGUUAUGGAGGAGAUACUAAACAAGUUUCAGCCGGGGGUCCUUCCUCAUUUCUUUGUCAUCCAAACACUGGCCAAUCUCUCUGAUUCCAAUGUUUAUGGCAUGGUACCCUUCCUGAAUGCUAUUCUUGGCACCUUGUUGCCCAUGUUGAGCAUGGCCAAACAUGAUAACAUGAAAUGGGCCUUCUCUUCUGCUCUGUGUCACUUCAGCGACAGUAUAUUAGAGUAUCUGGCCAAUUUGGACAAGGCUCCAGAUCCCACAGUCAGGAAAGACACUUUUUCCAGUGAAAUCUAUGCUGCUUAUGAAAUUCUCUUUAAUAAUUGGAUACAAAGCAGGGAGUCUAAGUUGAGGUUAACUGUGGCCGAGGCAGUUGGCUCUAUGUGCCAUCUGAUGGCCAACGAUAAACUGGAGGAGCAAAUUCCCAAACUCAUUCCCACCAUGCUUUCGCUAUACAAGAAAAACAAUGAGCACUUCAUCAUCAGCAAGAGUCUGUGCCAAGUGCUUGAUGCCUCUGUCAACAUGGGCAGCAGAGUGCUGGAGACCCAACUCGACAGUCUGCUCCUUGCACUACAUCACCAGGCGUCUGCCCCUAUUGACUACAAUAACCCUCCUACUGUCAAGAACCACAAUGAGGUCCUGCGUUGCUUCAGCUUAUUAGCAAACUCCUUCCCAGACCGGCUGGUUAUGUUUGUACUUCAGAAGUUGGAAAACAGUAAUGAGCGGAGUAGGAUGGGCUCCCUGGCUGUCCUUCGCCACCUCAUCAACUCCACCACUUCUACCAUGGAGAACAAAAAGUUGCUGAUUCUGGCCAGCAUCAGACAACCAAUGGCUGACCACAGCAACAAGGUGAAGAAGCGUGUAGUCCAAGUGAUCAGUGCAAUGGCUCAUCAUGGUUAUCUGGAGUUAGAGGGAGGGGAGUUACUUGUUCGAUUUAUAGUUCAACAUUGUGCCUUACCUGACACGUACCAGCGUGGCGAGAAGCCCACAGAUCCAGAAGAGGUGACAAAUGAGUCCCUGAGGACAAUGUGUGACAACACCCUUCAUCUCCUGACCACCACUGUGGGACGUCUAGCUGAUGUGCUCUGGCCCAAGCUGCUGUACUAUUUGACCCCUUCCCAGUACAGCAAUGCCACCACUCCUCUGUGUAAGAGUCUGAUAAUACUGGGCAACAAGAAGAAACAAAACCAGGAGCCCAGCUGUAACAUAAACUUUACACAGGAAGUCAACCUCCCUUCUCCUCAAACGCUAAUGAUCAGACUGCUGGUGAAUGCAGCAUUCCCAUUCAAUAGCAGAGGUCAUGGAGCGCCGUCCCUGUCUCUCCUUCAGAUCCUCGGUAUCAACAUUCACCCCAACACAGAGAUUCUCUGGGAGAAAGAGAUACCUGCUCUGCUGAGUAUACUAGAUGAGUCUACAUCACAGAGCCUGGAUAAGAAGCACUGGGAUGAGAAGCUGCUCAAGUUCUUGUCUAAAACCCUGGCUACUAUUGAUGAUGACAAGUGGGUGUGUCAGUUGGCAGCCGAGGCAACGCGUUAUCUCUCCACGUACAACAACGCCUUAGAGGAGAAGAAUUUCCUGUAUCAGUGUAUAGGAGUGACUCUUCAACAAUGUUUCAACAAGGAGGUGGUGAAAAAACAGCUGCAGGAAGUCCUGCUCACAGCACGACACAAUGACGCCUUGGAAAGAGAGGGAGUUGCAUUAGGCGUUGGUCUGUGUGCCAACAGCCACCUAGAGGGAACUCUGGCUAAGCUGGAUGAGUUUGGCAAAUCAGACGCCUUCAAGAAGUCGCCAAGCAUUUUCAACCUGCUCAAAGAGCGUAAUGAUGUUGAGGUAGAGAAGGUGAAGAGCACAUUAAUCCUGUGUUAUGGUCAAGUGGCUCUAAACGCUCCUCCAGAAAAGAUACUAAAUCGCAUUGAUCAAGAUAUCCUUCGCUGCAUCAGCAAACACUUCAAUACCAAGGUUCUGGGGAUAAAAGUAGAGACAAAGGACCUGACUAUGAAACUGAGUUUGAUUCAGAGUGUAGGCCUCAUUGCCAAAGCCAUCAGUGAGUGUGUGAAGAAACAAGGCUACGUCUUCUCCCGCAAACAGGAGCUCAUCACUGUUAUGCUGGAUUUUAUAAAGGCAGAGCCAGCUGAUACAUUACGGACUCCAGUACGCCAUCUUGUGAUGACCACUUGUGCCAACUUAUUACCACUGGAUCCUGUGCUGAGUGAGAAUGAGAUCUUUGACCUACUAAAGGUGUGUGUCAACAGUGUGUUUUCUUUGCCACCUGAGACACACACUCCAGAGAAAACUAAAGAAGAAGAGAUACUUGACCCCAAGAAGAGAAAGGCAUUAUACAAAGACACGAUGGCUGCACUGCAGGAGCUGCUGAAGAGUGUAUUGGCCAAGGAGCCCACGCCUGAUGGCCUGCAGAAUGUCUUCAAGCACAUUGAAUCAUGGUUGAGCUCCGGACAGGACCACCAGAGAGAGAGAGCUAUCACAGCAACUGCUCAUGUUCUGUCCUACUACCUGGAUAACCUGACUGUCAAGAACAUGGUUUCAUUCCACAACUUUGGAGCUCUGCUUGGUCGACUGUCUCCUCGCUGUUCUGACCCUCACCCCGCUGUACGCCCUGCUGCUGUUGACUGUAUAUACGCGCUGCUUUAUAUACAGCUACGUUAUGAAGGUUUUGCACUAGAUUAUAAGGAUGAAUCGGUUGACGGUCUGUUGACCCUAAAAAACCAGCUAGAAAACCCUGACCACUCUGUUCUCUACAAGACCUGCUCAGACCUCACCAAGGUGAUGAGUAAACGUCUGCCUCAGCAGCAGCUGGCAACGUUGAUCUUCAUGUUGUUUGAAGGGCUCGUCGACACUCAGACAAACUGUUGCAGAGCUUCAUCUGUCAUCCUGAACACACUGCUGAAAAACAGAGGAGCGGGACUACAAGAACUGGUACCAGAGAUGUUGGAGGUGCUCCAUACACGUCUGCAGAGCAUCACGGAGGAGCAGGUGAGAGUGGCGGUAGGACAGACGGUGCUAAUCCUGGCUUCACAGCAUCUACAGACUGUCAUAAAUGCACUAAUUAACCAACCACUUCCUUAUGACAGCUGGACCAGUGAGAUGUGGAUGGCCUUGGGGGCAGAUCCCAUCGUAGCCAAUCAGAUCAUAGAGAUGGUGAUGGAGAAGCUCCUGAUCAUGGCGCCCUACAUAGACAAGAAGGAGAAUAUGAUAAGAGGAGGCUCAACAAAGAUGGCCACAAAUCAGCCACUGGCCAUGACAUGUGGUCUUAAAGAGCUGUUAUUAAAUGGCCAGAGUCAGGAGCCGGCUGUCAGCCAGUUUCCUCAGCUCUUUUCCUGUCUCAUUGUCAGAGUAGGAGCAAGUGUCGGAGUCUCCGCACCAAGGGACAACAACACUAAAUCCACAUCCCCCAUCCAUGUAGCAGGGGUCGCCACUGAUGCUCUGAAAAUCUUGUUAGCACGAGCCCAAUUAGAUGAGGUGAUGAAACGGAUGGAUGAGGAUAAUACCUGGGACACAAUGAGAGAACCAAACACACACAUUUCUGGAAUUACACUACUAGCGAGGGCAAUGGCUAAACAUGCUGGUCCCAGGUUGCCUGCCAUUCUGGAGUGUCUGUGUCCCUCCCUGAACAACAUCUAUGAAUGCCAGAGAAUCACCGUCACUGCUUUUUUCUCUGAGCUGUUGAACCAUCAUGUGGUGUCGGAGCUGAUGUUGAUAGAUGUUUUAAUGAACAACAUGAUGGAGAGGAUAUCGGACCCUAGUUGCACUGUCCGCAUGCUGGCUGUGCGAGGGCUGGGAAAUAUCGCAGUGGGGUCUCCCGAAAAAGUGAAUAAAUAUGCCAAAGAGCUGCUAGCAGCCAUGAGUUCUGGCAUGGAAGAGAAAGAUGAUCCAGGUAAACUGAUUACUCUUGAGGCCAUGUCCGGUCUGUCCAAAGUUCUCCUGUACCUGGACAAGAAGAAUGUCCACUUACUGGUGGUGUACAUCUUCAUGAAGAUUAAACCGUUCUUGGAAAGUGAGAAUGAUGAAAUCCGCUGUGCCUCCAUCCACCUAAUGGGAAACCUGUCCAAGUUUGGCUCUGGAGAGCAAGUGUUUAAAGACCAAAUCCACAAUGUUCUGGUCAGUCUGCUGCUCCACCUGGUGGACCCGAAUGCACAUGUGGUUAAGGCGUGCAAGUUUGCGAUGCGUGUGUGCGCUCCUGUGGUGGGAUCAGAUCAGAUCACUACCAUGUUUCAGAACCACCUCCACGAUGACAAGAGCUUACACUACGGAGAAUUCAUCAAUGACCUCACCAAGUACCUGAUCCAGGACUUUCCAAGCAUGCUGAACUUCUACCACAUAUCGGUCAUCCAGUUCUUCAAGAGCAACUGGCCUGAGGUCAGAGCAGCAGCUGCCAUGUUCAUAGGGUUUCUGCUCAGCAACCUUUCAGAGGAGCAUUUCUCCCACCUCAAUACGGGAACCAUCACUAAAGGUUUAGUGAUGCUGCUCCAAGAUCCAGAUCCAGUGGUGAGAAUGAAGGCUGCUGAGGCCAUGGGACACUUCCACUGAAACGCACACACAGAUAUACACACUAGUAUUUUUUACACAAACAUGCAAAUCCCAACGCUGAAACGUGCAGUCAUUUAUAAAUAAAUAAAAUAUUCCAAACUACCCAACUGAAAUGUUGUUAGGAAACCUGUGCGGCCAGAAGCCAAACUGUUACAUUUACCAGUGUUACAAUUUUCAUAUAGAUAGAUAUAUAUAUAUAUAUUUAGGCAUUAGCAGCUUGUAUUGGCUUCUUUUGUUACUUUAAACUGGUACUUGAAAGGAAGUGUUAAUAUUUUAGUGACCAAAGACUGUGCUGCUCUUAACAGAUUGACUGUAACAUGUUGUGUUCAGUCUGCGCGACAAUGCCAGAAAUAGACAGUGUUCCAUUCAGGAAAUAGACCACACUUCAAAGAGUUUUAGAAAAAAGUAUAGGUUUAUUUAGAUCAAGGGUCUCAAACUAAAAUGACCUGGGGGCCACUUUUAGAGUCUCGUCUGUAAGAAAAAAAGUCAAACUUUAGUAGGUAGUUCACAAUAAAAAAAAUAUAUAUAUAUUUGUGAACAUUAAUCUGUAAAUAAAAAUAAAUGAAAAUGAUUGGGGGAUCACAAGUGGCCCACAGGUCGCAAGUUUGUGACCUGUGAUUUAGAUAUUGUGACGGGAACCCACAAGUACAUGACCGUGUGUUUUUGUGUCCAUUCCUCCGUGUGUAAAUCCUGCUGUCCUUUAAUCAGCUUGGAGCUUUGUCCCCCACCUUUCAUCACGAUAAACGUCAAGAUUUAAGAUGUGUUAAAAAACAGAAUGUAUAAUGUAUUUAUUUGAUUUCAUUUAAAAAAAGACAGCUAAAAUGAUAAAUGCACAAGAACUACAGAACAGCAGAAAUGUCCUCUAUGGUUCGCAGCUGUGAAUGGAGGCUGUUAUUAAAAAGAAUCUAGUGUCCAGUUAGUCCGGAUCAUCUCGCCAGCACUGACCAGUUAGUGUCUCUCACAGCCGGACCGAUAGUUACUGUUGCACCUGAUGUCGCCGCUUCAGUUGAAGUUUAAAAAAAAAAUUAAAUAAAAAAACAUCUCACAUCCAAUUGUAAACCAUAAAUAAGCUGUUUGUAAAUCACUGCCACUCAACACACAACCUUUCAGCUCCUAAAUAAACGUCACACUGACUCGUUCAUCGCUCUGUCAGUUUCACAUUAUCGACACACAUGUGUAUCUGUGCAGCCACACACACAUUUAUUCACUCAUUCUUCUGAACCAGCCAUACAGACCCAUGUAAACAGGCCGUGAUAGGUAGUCAAAACAAACCUGUGCAGCCAUGCUGAAGACAGUUUGUGCCAAAUGUCUGUUGACGUCCUGUAAUAUAAUAUAGCAAUGAGUUGAAUUUUUGAUUUAUGGCCCUCACUGUCUUUUCAGUGUAAUAAUUAAUGUAGUUUUAACAAACAGUUGAGGGUUUACAGGCCUCCUAAUGUAAAUAUGAAUGUUUAUUUAUGUUGGGAACUGGUUCUUAAAUGUGUCUUAAGUUGAAUUAACUUGUCUGAAAGUGUCAAUCAUGGGUUUUGUGUUUCUAUUGCACUUUGAGUUCCUGAUGUAGAGUCACUUUUCACAGCCCGUGUGGAGAACAGUUUUCUAAUAAUAACAAUAAUAAUAAUGAUAAUAAUAAUAGUAAUAAUGUGAUCAUUAUGGGUAAACAAACACAGGUCAAAUAAAGAUGCCUCUUCAGCUGCUUCGUUUGUUCUAUAAACAGGGACUCUCGGCUUCUUGCACUUUCUGUCACAGUUUAAUUUCGGGUGAAUGGAAAUUGCUGUUAAAAUCUUUUUACCACUGAUGGGGAAUUUUCAUGUCAUCUUUCUCUUUCUUUAAUUUUUUACCAUGUUGAAUGUCGGUGUGAUAUUAGUAUGUAUGACACGUGGAGGUACGGCUUCUCCAAACUAUUAAUGUGUGAAUGUGUUCAGAGUGAGUGCUAAAAUGUUUAUGUUCCACAACAAAGUGGAUGAUGACGGAUAUCAAAUGAAGAAAUAAACAUUAAGUCAAAGAUGA